AUGCUCUCCUGGGUCUACCCUAUUCGCAUUGUCCAGGCCAUCUUGGCCUUGACAACAAUCGGCCUGACUGCAUACGUCAUCGGAACUCUAUACGACCAAUGGUCUUUCUCAAAUGUGACCUACUUCAUGCUCUUUAACGGCUGCUGGACAGCUGUUGUCGCCGUGCCUUACCUGGGUCUCGCGCCAGUCUGGCUACCGCGUUUCUCACACGAAGUCGUCAUCCCGGCGAUCGAGCUACUUACCAUGGGUCUCUGGCUCAGCGGUUGGAUUGCCCUGGCCGUGAUGAUUCCCCACCCGAGCUCAUGCUCCUGGUCGAGCUGCUAUGCUCUCCAGGCUCAGAUUGUUAUAGCUGCUGUUGAAUGGGCUCUUUUCGUGUUUACGAAUACUUUCGCGAUCCUGGAUGUGAAGAACUCGAGAAAUAACUACAGGGCUCGUGAGCAGCGGGGGGUGAUCCGGCAGGAGGGGGAGCAGCCUGAGGUUUCUCAGGUGGCUGCUGUCGAGAGCGUUUAA